GUACGUACGUACAUCAGUUCGAGUCGCCAUAACACAUUAUCACAAAGAUAUAGUUUUCCAUUUAAAUCCAUAGUGUUAGAGGUAGUAAGAGGAUAAGCAGUAACCGAAAAGAUUAGGGUUAUCCACAUACUAUAAUCCAGUGAAAUAAAUUUGGGAAGCGAAAAAAGGGACAAGUAAGCACAUAGAUCUUUUACUGAACUAACUUUUAGUGAGUGAUGUUAUCUUAACUAAUUGGUUUUCAUUAUUAUUAUUAUUACUAACGUUUAGCCGUUAUCCUGUGUAUUCUAAACGGGUAUUUUCAUGAAUCCAAUUGAUACUAACCAUAUCCUCAACAACAAUAACAAUCUAGAACUAUUUUCACAAUGUACUAGAAAAUUUUGUGGUCAAAUAUCUAAUACAAGUUUAUGUACAUCAUGUUCAUGGGGAUCAAAAGUAUUUUAUAAAUACAAUAAUCCAUAUAAUCAUAUAUGUGAAUUAUGUUUAACAUCAUUCACAUUAUACAGUUGGUUAUAUAUUGGAUUUAUAAUGAUUUUACCUAUUAUAUUUUUAUUACAAAUUUUACCAAUAUUAUCAUUAACAAAAAUUGAUUUGAAACAUUUAGAACAAUCGAUUACUACUACUACUACUACUAAUAGUAGUAUCAGUAGUAUUAAUACUACUACUGCUACUCAUCAAAUGAGUAUUACUCAAAAAUCAUGGUUAUUAUUUCUAUGUUGUAUUAUUAUUCAUUUAUUCACAAGUUUAAUCAUUAUAUUAUUAUAUCCUCCAUUAGGUAGUUUUACAUUAUAUCAUUGUCCUAUAGAUAAUAUUAAAGAAUUUUAUCCUAUUCUAUAUGCUGGAUCAGGAUGUAUAUCAGAAGUGAAUUAUCCAUUGACUUCAUUACCUAUUCUAUAUUAUAUCAUUAAUGUUAUCAUUGGUUUAUUGAUUUAUUCAUUAUUAAUUAUGAUUGUAUUUAAGGAUUAUCAUUGGUUUCAUUAUCUUUAUUAUAUAUUAUAUGCCUAUCCAAUAAUUUGUAUGAAUAUUAUUCUAUUUGGUGGGAUAUUAUAUUAUAUAUAUCCUUAUGUGAUAUUAUUUUAUAGUAUAUUUGAUUCAUUAUAUAGAUUUCCAUUAAUAUUUGAUUAUUGUAUAGAUGAUAUAGACGGUAUCCUACGUCCUAUAUGUAAUCCAUAUAAACUUAUUCAGACUAUUCUAUAUAAACCAGAACAAUAUCUACUUAUUAUAAUCAUGAAUUCAUUAUAUAUUGGAUAUGCUUUAUUAGCAUUAAAUAUAACCAUCUAUUAUUGGUAUAUAAGUUUAAUGAGUUUACCAUUUAUAUUUUAUAUGAUAACAUUACCAUUAACUCAUCCAUUUCAUUAUGAUGAUUGUCAACAAACAUUGAAUAGAAUGUGUCAUAUUUCAUUUUUGAAUAAUAAAGAAGAAGAAGAAGAAACAAAGUGAAGUAGAUCAAUCAUAAGCAGAGACUAUCAUUUAUGGACGCGAUCUUUUGAAUGAUGCUAUAAAGUGAUAUUGAGUAUGUUCACUUAAUGACUUGAACCAAAAUGAACCAAUGUGUGAAGAAUUAGAAUUAUGAUUGACAGUUGUUAAGGGUGUUCAUCAUCACUAACUGAUAUCAGUUAUAAUGUCAAAACUUUAUUUAGCUAAAUGGAUGGAGUGAAUUUUGUGCCAAAAUCCGAUAUCUGUUAUCUUAGUUCGUCUCACCCAAGCUUUUUUAUGAUUAGAAAUACAAAUACUAGGAAUGUCAACUAAUAUAUAUAUGUAUGUAUAUCUUAGUCCAAAUGUGUACUUCUCUCAUCAUUUUACCAUUUAUUAUCCUGUAAUAGAUAAAUAUCCAUAUCAUA